GGGCUCCCCGCAGACGACAGCGUCUACAUGGAGAAGACGAGCGACCUCAGCGAGUACGUCCUUAACGAGACGGGGCGCAUCUUCUACGGCACCGAGGACCAGAUCGCCGAGCGCCCCUGGACCUACGGGCAGUUCGACGCGGGGGUGCUGGAGGCCUGCCUCUACAUCCUGGACCGCCGCGGGAUGCCCCACAGCGCCCGGGGAGACCCCAUCAUGGUGUCCCGCGUUGUCUCCGCCAUGGUGAACUCCCUGGACGAUAACGGGGUGCUGGUGGGCAACUGGACGGGCGACUACGCGCAGGGCACCAACCCCUCGGCCUGGGCCGGCUCGGUGGACAUCCUGCGGGCCUACCACCGCGGCGGCGCGCCCGUGCGCUUCGGCCAGUGCUGGGUCUUUGCCGGCGUCAUGACGACGGUGCUGCGGUGCCUGGGGCUGCCCACCCGCACCGUCACCAACUACAACUCGGCCCACGACACCGACGUCUCCCUCACCACCGACAUCUACUUCGACGAGAACAUGCGGCCCAUGGAGCGCCUCAACACCGACUCCGUCUGGAACUUCCACGUGUGGAACGACUGCUGGAUGAAGCGCCCUGACCUCCCCGAUGGCUACGACGGGUGGCAGGUGGUCGAUGCCACCCCACAGGAGACCAGCAGCGGGCUCUUCUGCUGCGGGCCCUGCUCGGUGACGGCGGUGAAGAACGGCGAGGUCUUCCUCAAGUACGACACGCCGUUCGUCUUCGCUGAGGUGAACAGCGACAAGGUGUACUGGCAGCGGCAGCCCAACGGGGCCUUCUCGGUGGUGCACGUGGAGGAAGGCGCCAUCGGGCGCCGCAUCAGCACCCUGGGGGCGGGCUCGGGGGCCCGCAUCGACAUCACCCACCAAUACAAGCACCCCGAGGGCUCGGAGGAGGAGCGCCGCGCCGUCUCCACGGCCACCUCCCACGGCUCCCGGCCCCGCACCCGGGGGACCCCGUCCUCCGGGGAGGUGACGGUGACGGUGGGGGCGGGGCCGGCGGUGGCGGGGGCGGAGCUAGAGCUGCGGGUGGUGGCCCGCAACCAGGGGGCGGAGCCUCGGACGCUCCGCCUCCGCCUGUCCCUCGCCCCCGUCCGCUACACCGGGGUGGCCGGGGCCGCCUUCCGCCAGGAGCAGCACCGGCGCGCCGUGCCCCCGGGGCAAGAGGAGACGGUGACGAUGACGGUGGGGUACGCGGAGUACGGCCCCCACGUGGGCGACCAGGACGCGCUGAAGCUGUCGGUGGCCGGGGCGGUGGAGGAGACCGGGCAGGUGGUGGCCAAGGAGCUGCGCGUGCGGCUGCAGGCGCCCGACCUCACGCUCACGGUAGGGGCCGGCCGUGUCCCCCGGGUCCCGGCCGUGUCCCCUGGGUCCCGGCCGUGUCCCCUGGGCUCCAUCUUGGUCCUCGUCCAC